GCAAUAUGAAAGUCAUAUGCAUUGCGACCUUAUUUUGGCCUUUCUCCAUUCUACUACUACCAGACAAAAGCCAGACUUCUAUAACAGAAGGCCAAUGUAAUUUCACUGAAAGGAAUUAUUCUUUGGUUCCAGUGACUAUUAAUAAAAAUGUUACUGUACUUGAUCUCAGUUAUAACCAUAUUACUCUGAAUGCCACUGACAUAAGGGUUCUGCAGACAUAUUUUUUACUCACUGAGCUCUAUCUAAUUGAGAACAAUGUCACUAUCUUACAUAAUAACAGUUUUGGUAACCUAUCCAAUCUAGAAAUUUUAAAUAUCUGUAGAAACUCCAUCUCUAUAAUUGAACGGGGUGCAUUUGUAGGCUUACGUAAACUAAAACAGUUAUAUCUCUGUCAAAAUCAAAUAGUACAACUGAAUACUAAUAUGUUUGUGCCUCUGAGAAACCUGGAAAUUCUGAAUCUGCAUGGCAAUUGGAUAAGUUCUUUUGCAGUACCACAACUAUUUCAUCUGGAAUUAAUAAUUUUAUAUGGAAACCCAUGGAACUGCUCUUGUAGACUAUUCAGUUUGCAGAACUGGCUUAAAACAUCACAUGUGACACUAGAAAAUGAAAACAUCACCAUGUGUAGGUACCCAGAUAUGCUGAAGAGCUACAAUAUCAAAACAGUACCUCUUAAGUCUGACUGCCACUCACAAUCUCCUUCACCUAUAAUUGAAGAUCUUCAUAUUAACUUUCAGUCCAUGAGUAAUUCAACCUUUAAUAGCUCUUUGAACAACUUAACAAGAGAUUCAGAACAUGGACCUCUUGGGAAAAGUUGGGCUUUCCUUGUUGGUGUUGUUGUCACUGUACUGAUGACUUCAUUCCUCAUCUUUAUUGCUAUCAAAUGUCCAAUAUGGUAUAACAUUCUGCUUAGUUACAAUCAUCAUCGCCUAGAAGAGCAUGAAGUAGAAACCUACAAUGAAAGUUUUAAUGGAAAUCCAAGUUCUUUUUCACAGAUAUCAGCUACAAACCCUGAAGACACUACAGUAAUAUUUGAACGAUUACACUCAUUUGUGGUAGAUGAUGACGGGUUUAUUGAAGACAAAUAUAUAGAUACCCACGAACUAUGUGAAGAAAAUUAA